UUUCCUGUCCACCUGCAAAACACAGCAAACAUCUCAGCCGUUACGAAGAAAAGCAUGUGGUUUCGCUUUCGGUUGUCGUCCACUCAGACCUCAUUUGGGUGGUGAGAGCAGCCCUGGUUUUCAACAUAACAGUGUGUGUAGGAGGAGCCAGAUCAGGAGCGAUGGCGAGUGGUGAGCGCAGGCAGAGGAGAGCUUGGCCCUGACUGCGGCGCCCUGGUCAGGACUCGAACAGGCCCUGUAGAAGGACUGACUCCAGCCCGAGAGAAGGACGAACUCCGGCCUAAGUGAAAGUAUCAGCGGAAGCAGCUAAGCAAGGCUCUGGAGUUUACCAUGGCAACUGAUAUCACCAUGAAGACCCCCAUCUGUCUAGUGGAAAACUGGGAAGAGCAGCUGAAAUUGAAUCCCACUGCUUUGGAGAUUCUUAACCAGAUAUCUCAACCGGUGGUGGUGGUGGCCAUUGUGGGAUUAUGCCGUACAGGAAAAUCCUAUCUCAUGAAUCGCCUGGCAAGACAGAACCAUGGCUUCCCUCUGGGCUCCACGGUGGAAUCUGAAACCAAGGGCAUCUGGAUGUGGUGCGUGCCCCACCCCUCCAAGCCAAACCACACCCUGGUCCUCCUGGACACUGAGGGCCUGGGCGAUGUGGAAAAGCAAGACCCUAAGAAUGACUCCUGGAUCUUUGCCCUGGCCGUGCUUCUGAGCAGCACCUUGGUCUACAACAGCCUGGGCACCAUCAACCACCAGGCCCUGGAGCAGCUGCACUAUGUUACUGAACUCACAGAGUUAAUCAGGACAAGAUCUUCUUCCCCAUCUGAUGAGGUAGAGGACUCCGCAGAGUUUGUGAGUUUCUUUCCGGACUUCGUUUGGGCUGUACGGGAUUUCACCCUGGAACUGAACGUGAAAGGACAGCCCAUCACAGAAGACGAGUACCUUGAGAAUGCCUUGAAGCUGAUUCCAGGAAGGAAUGCCAGAAUCCAAAAUUCCAACAACUCUGUAAUGAGCAUCAGGCGUUUCUUUCCAGAACGGAAGUGCUUUGUCUUUGACCGGCCCACAAAUGAUAAAAAUCUCUUAGCCCAUAUGGACAACGUGCCAGAAGAUCAACUGGAAUUGAACUUCAAGGAGCAGUCAGAAAAAUUCUGCUCCUAUAUCUUCACACAUGGGAAGACCAAGACCCUGAGAGAGGGCAUCAUUGUCACUGGAAACCGGCUGGGCAGUCUGGUGCAGAUGUACGUAGACACCAUCAACAGCGGCGCCGUCCCUUGCUUGGAGAACGCAGUGACGACUCUGGCCCAGCGUGAGAAUGCUGCAGCCGUGCAGAAGGCAGCCGAGCUCUACAGCAGGCAGAUGGCCCAGCGACUGGUGCUCCCCACAGCCACGCUCCAGGAGCUGCUGGACCUGCACGCAGCCUGGGAGAGGGAAGCCGUUGCAGUCUUCAUGGCGCACUCCUUCAAGGACGACAAUGGGGAAUUCCAGAAGAACCUUUUGGAAACCACAGAGCAGAAAAAGAAAGAGUUCCUGCUGCAGAAUGAAGAGGCCUCUGUCAAAUACUGCCAGGCUGAGCUUAAACGGCUCUCAGAGUUCCUGAUGGAAAGUAUUUCAAGAGGAGUUUUCUUUGCACCUGGAGGCCACAAUCUCUACUUAGAAGCAAGAAAGAAGGUUGAAGAGGAGUAUGAGCUGGUGCCCAGGAAGGGAGUGAAGGCAAAUGAGGUGCUCCAGAGCUUCUUGGAAUCACAGGCAGCAGCAGAGAACUCCAUCCUGCAGGCAGACAAAGCUCUCACUGAUGCACAGAAGGCCUUAGCAGCUGAGAAGGCCAAGAGGGAGGCAGCUGAGAAGGAAUGCGAAGUGCUAAGACAGAGGGAGCAGGAGAUGCAGCAAAAGAUGGAGGCUCAAGAGAGAAGCUUCCAGGAGAACAUCGCUCAACUGAAGGAGAAGAUGGAGCGGGAAAAGGAGGAACUCCUCAGAGAGAAGGAGAGGAAGCAGAAGCACAAGCAGAAGGUGAGUCUGGGGGCUGGGCGGUGCCUGGGGGAUAAUGUUCUGGAUCCUGGGGAAGAGCGGGACCCGAUGUCAGGCACAGGUGUCAUUCUAGAGGGAACCUAA